GAAAGAGUAACUGUAGUUAUAAAAACUUACCUUCGAUACCACAAGGCAAGGUCAGCCAUUAACUCCAUCCAGAGAUUUUAUCCUGGGCUAAGAAUCAUCCUUGCUGACGACACUCCUCGCAGUGAAUUCACAAACCUGCAAUAUAACAACGUACAUCACUACAGAAUGCCUGACUUUACUGGGUAUUUUGCUGGAAGGAAUCUAGGUCUGUCUCAAGUCUGGACUGAGUAUUUUCUUUACAUGGAUGAUGAUCAUCAUUUUACCAAUAGAACAAAACUCGAUGUUCUUGUGUCACUUCUGGACAAGACAAAUUUGCACUUAGUGAGCGGAACAAUAAAAGGGAGAGAAAGACAUGUACACACCCUACGUGUUGUGGGAAAUAGAACUUACUCUUGUUACGAGAAGAGACAUCAGUAUUAUCAUCAGGUAAAAGGUUUUCCGGGUUGUUACGUUGCAGACCACGUCCCAAAUUUCUUCCUUGCUUCCACAAAUGAAGUAAAAGCCAUCGGAUUCGAUCCACAUCCAGCCUUGUCCCGUGUUGGGCAUUACGCCUUUUUUAUGUCUGCGCUCGGGAGGAUUCGAAUAGCAUUCUGUACUACUGUGGAAUUUCUUCACAACCAGACAACAACAGAACAUGACUUACCAUAUCAGAGCAUUCGCAAGGUUGGGCAGGAGUAUUACCAGAUGAGAGGCCAUCACGAGUUGUUUAAAUAUGAUUUUGUCUGCUAAUAGCAUAUUGAUUUUUGGGUAUAUCAUUUUGAAUUUUAGGUUUAAAAUAAAUCGCGUAAUUUAGAAUUAAUUGCAAUUGCCUUAUUAAAGGUUAGUAUAUAGACGUCACUUUGUUCAUUAAAUGAAUAAGACGUUUCGGACGAUUGUAAACGGGAUAAGGUUUUAUUUCUUAUUUAGAAUUAAUUCAGGGUUAAUUAACCGCCCCGAUGAGUAUAUGUUGUGAAAACGCUUGGCCCUUUGCUAUAACCACCGAAUAAAAACGGUGUAGCGU